AUGGCGACUGUACCCGUCUAUUGCAUCCUGCAGAUUACCUUACGAUAGCAGUUUAUGAUCGAAUGCGACGCCUGCAAAGACUGGUUUCGGCAGAUGACCAGGCUUUACCGCCCUCGUGAUUUUAAACGCCUCGUGACCUCUAUUAAGAGGAAAGAAAGCCAUACAGCUGUGUGGGAGGUGGAUGAAGAUGAAGCCGCAGACAUUGACAUCUAUCACUGUCCUAACUGUGUGAAAAAGACCCGCGACAAAUCCACCUUGAAAAAGAAAAAGAGCUGGAAUAAGCAUGACGCGGGGCAAAGUGGGGCGAUCAGACCGGUUCAAAAUGGCAGUCAGGUGUUCAUUAAAAAAGGCACGGCGCGGCGGACAUUCCCAGAUGUGGUGGUCAAGCGCAAUCUGGAAGUCAGAUGGCCAGCUGGACUACCUUGAAGCCAGUUCAACCAGGCGAUUCUCAUCCAGAAAGAUGGGCUGGGGAUGGCUAUGCCUGCACCCACGUCCUGCGUCAGUGAUGUGGAAACUAUGUUGAUGUUUGAUGUUGUGGAUAGUGUAGUCAUUACCAAACAGGCAAACAGCAGAUGAAGUAAAAAAUUUGUUGAUUAUUACUACAGCACAAACAGAAAUGUAUUAAAUGUGAUCAACCUAGAGUUUUCAGGCAUGAUAUGGCCCAAUAUUGUUGAGAGUCAUGAUAGUUCGCAAGGAUUAUCUGGGUGGAAAAAUUACUGUACAAUGACGCUUGUUGUUAGGGAAGCCUUAAGGGUGUCCAAAUAUUAUCUCAUAUGUGAAGACAGCUACACAGACUUUCACAUUGAGUGCGGAGAAACCUCCGUGUGGUAUCACGUCAUAAAGGAAAAAAUCUUCUUUCUUAUCAAGCCCACUUCUGCCAACCUUUCUCCUAUCUGAGCUGGAGACCUCUCCAACCUGACGAGAUGUUUCACUUGUCAAGUGGACAAGUGUUACAAGUGCACUUUUGCACUGAAACAAAGGGCAAACUCUUUCAUUCCAUCAGGUUGGAUUAAUGCAAUACGGCCCUGUAGACUUUGCUUAGCCUUCUCUGGGCAUUUUGUUCACAGUCUGAGUGUGGAGAUACAAAUGAGGGCAUAUGAGGUGGAAAAGACUCAAGUUGCCAGCCUCACUCCAUUUCCAAACUUUGAAACAGCAUGUUGGUAUGUGGGAAAAUACUACCUGGAGAGCGGUUUACAUAAAACAAACAAACAGCCACCUCCUUACUUGGUACACGGUGCCAAAAUUGUCAAUGGAGCAUUUAGAUCGUGGACUAAAAAAAAGGCUCUUUUAGAACAUGAGGAUGAGCUUCCAGAAAACAUGAAGCCAGCACAGCUCAUUAAAGACCUUGCCAAAGAGAUUCGGUUUCAGAGCGCAACAAAAGCCAUAAAGAAUGAACCCAAGCAACUCGGCCCCAGCGGAGGAACCCCGUCUGCUCCGUCAGAACCGGAAGAGCCCAUGUCCCCUGCCCACAUCUCCACCCCCUCCAGAGAUAAGCCAGCCAGGAAGAAAGCCACAAAGCCACCCAAAAUGCCCAAGGCGCCCAAACCACGAAGGAACCCAAAUAAAGAAGGUGGCAAAAGCGAAGAAAGCAAAGAAAGUAUUUUACCUGAGAAAAAGCCCAGUCUGGCAGCUCUUGAAUCCCAUGCAAAGGACAUCCUCAACAAGAUGGACCAGCCCAAAAAACUGGUAAAGACUGGGAUGAGUAUUAUGGAGAGGGAAGCGAGUAAACCGAACGACGUUGAUAAGUUUAAAAUGAUUCGAGAGCAUAAUAAGAACAAGACUGAGGCCAAAUGGAAAUAUAAGAAUAGCAAACCCGAUUCGUUAUUGAAAAUGGAAGAAGAGCACAAAUUUGACAAAAGUCUACUCAGCCAUAAAGACAAUAAAUUUGCAUUUUCAUUGUCGAAUAAGAAGCUGUUGGGAUCAAAGAUGCUCAAGACCCAGACCAAUUCGAGUGUUUUUGGCUCAAUACAGAACAUUAAGGAAGAAAAACCCAAGCCUGUGAGAGACGAGUAUGAGUAUGUCUCUGAUGAGGGGGAGCUUAAGAUCGACGAAUUCCCAAUCAGGAGGAAAAAGAACGCAGUCAAGAGAGACUUUUCCUUUUUAUCAAACAUCAAAGAACCCAUUCAGCCAGCGAAAAAGCCAAAGCUACAACAGUCGGACAUGAAGAGUCCAGAUUCAUCAGAUGAGGAAUCUCUCCACAUAGACACAGAGGCCAAGACAGAGGUCAAAGGUCGCAACUCCAAGGUCUCUAAGAAUAAAGGCGGCAGUUCAGCUGGGAUUCUGGAUCUCCUGCAGGCCAGCAAACAAGUGGGCGGCAUUGACUACAGCAACAACAGUCAGCCACCUGCAUCCCCCAGCACACAGGAGGCCAUCCAGGGCAUGUUGUCCAUGGCCAACCUGCCAUCAGACUCUUGUCUGCAAACGUCCUGGAGCAAUAGCCAAGCGAAGAACAACUCGCACAGCAGCACAGCCAGCAAGAAGCAGAGCGGCGUGGCCGGAGCGGGGGGUAACAGCAAGAGACCGGCCAAACGCUUGCCCAAGAAGACGCAAAAGAGCAGCAGCGUGGACAGCUUGGACAUGUUCGAUGACGACCAGGACCACCUAGAAGCUUGCUUUAAGGACUCCGAUUACGUUUAUCCAUCUCUGGAAUCUGAGGAGGACAGUCCCAUUUUCAAAUCAAGAUCGAAAAAAAGGAAAAAUACAGACGACACUCCAUAUAGUCCAACAGCACGAGUUGGGCCCACUGUACCACGACAGGAGAGACCAGCUCGGGAGGGGGCACGUGUGGCGUCCAUAGAGACAGGAUUGGCAGCUGGCGCUAAACUGUCUCAUCAGGAGGAGCAGAAGAUCAAGAAGAAGAAAAAGAGUACCAAAAAGAAGCCCGUGGCUGUAGAGGAGCCUCACAAACUCUCUCAGGACAGCAGCUCUCCAGAACCCACCCCGGACUCUGAGACAAACCUGGGCGACCAUGAGUACAGCACUGGAACGAGCAAGACCCCCGGCAGCUCGCAACCCAUGGCCCCCGGAGUCUUCCUCAGCCAGAGACGGCCUUCAUCAUCAUCGUCAUCUCAGAACACCUCAUCUGUCCCGCCAGCAAAACGGCUAAAGAAAGGAAUGGCGACGGCCAAACAGAGACUUGGAAAAAUCUUAAAGAUUCAUCGCAACGGCAAGCUUUUGCUGUAACACGGACAACUGGGCGACUCAGACUUCCUCCUGAUGUUUAUGGACCCGUGGACCGAUCCUCCCUCCCUCCCUCCCUCCCUCGACGAGCCGGGACGAGAGCGCUAGGACUGAAACGGACGGGAACGUGAACAGGAUCCCAAAAGUUUUCAAUUUCUAAGAAGAACAUAGCUCAGAUAGGUUUUUGCCUCUUCUUUUACUUUAUAACUUUCAGAUAUUAAAAAUGUACAGAAUACCUGCUAUUAAUAUUUUGUAAGAAGAAUUUGUCUUGUUUUACUACGGCUAUCAGUUUAUCAGGGGUUGCUAAUAUAUUAUAAGAUACAGUACAUAGCAGUCAUUCCAAGUUAAAGAAAGUAUCCCUUGCAUGUAUUCCAGUUGCAUGCAUUUUUUUUUUUAUUUUGAUGAGGGGGAAAGGGUUGGUGGAAGGUUGCAAACAAGAAAUUCAUUUUUGCUUUUUGGAUGUGGCUUAUCAUUGUCUUUUUUUUUCUUUUUUUUUCAACAAGUAUUACUGAAGACAUGACGAUUUUCACAGUAACUGGUGGACUAUUUUAAUAUUCCCCAUUUGGAAUCUACUCUCCUUAAUCCUUAAGCAAAAAAGCAUUUUUAUACGCAUUACCUACGCGGAACAACUGAGAAAAAAAAGUACUUUUUCUGUUUGCUAAGCACUAUCACAAAUGAUAUUUAUUAACCUAAUAUAAUUGUACAUGUCAUAGGUAGUUCGAAGCCCUAAGGCACUUACAAAACUUCAGUGAAGCACAAAUAUGAACUCAUAUUUUUUUGUAACAUUGUAUAUCUUCACAGCUAUUAUAAAAUGAUAUACAUUUUAUUUCUGUUCUUUCCUACAAAUAUAGGAAAUUUUUUUGGGGGAACUGUCGGUGCAUAUUUUGACUAAAAUCGUAAAACGCAUAUCGAUAUCAAACCAUAUUUUCGCUAAAUUACAUGGUUGAAAUAUCUUAUUUUCCCUGGUCGGUUUAGCAAAUCAUUGUAUUACAUGAAAUUAAAUGAAUAGUUAGCACGUUUUUUUUUAAAUGUUAUUUAUAUAUUUUUGUUUUUAGACAUUGAUACUACAAUCAGUUUUAUGUCAUACUGUUUUUUUUUUAAUUGUUUGACAACGUAGCUCUUAUUUUGGUUACAAAACACUCGCCAAAAACAAGGAAACACUACAUGAAUGGGAUCUCUAGCACUGAUGAUAAGCCUCAUCCAUGACAUUUCACUACAUGGGGAUACUUUCUCUCUUCUGUUUGUUUCACAGGCAGCACCAGUUACCCUAGAAUGAAAUAUGCAUUUAUAUUGCUUCACAGUACAGUAUGUAGAAUGUAGCCUGUAUAUAGCUUUUUAAAUGACUACUUUUUGUAUCCUUUUUUUCCUCAAUACUUCAUUAUACAUUUUUACUAGUUUUUGCUAAUUACAGACAAAAAUAUAUAUAAAGAUAUAGAAAUAGUCAUUACCGUUGAAAUUGUUUUGUUAGAUACACAAUAGCUGAACUUUUUUUAACCAUUGUUUUGUUUUCAUUUCAUUCUGUUACAUUAGAUAAAAAGGUGUUGCCUGGAGAACAAAAUAAACAGUGUAACAUUUAUUCUCAUAUGGCCUUACAUGCAGAAAACCACGUGUAUUAUGAUUCAUUUAUUAUGGGGGAGAAGGAAAAAAAAAAAAAAAAAAAAAAAAAAAAUCAACGUUUCUACGACCAGCCUGACAUUUGAGCUAAAAUACCCUGAUGGAUUUUAAAGUUAUUUUACUAGCACCUUGUGAAGUGUUUUCUGUGUCAGUGAUGUAAUUUAUUAAUGUUUGUAGCCUUUUAUACUUGUAUAAUUCUUAAGAGGUUUUGUUUGAAAUAUUUUAUCAGUCUGUGAGCCCCUUAGGACACUUUUAUCAUUAACAUUGGGCAAUAGUUCCUUUUUUUUUUCUUCUUCGUCUUAGCAAAACCACGUCUUUAUUGUUUUCAUCAAAUCAAGUGCAACUGCUCAUCAAUACAAAAUGUUACAUUACUAUUGUUAUUAUUAUUAUUAAGCAGCUAUUUUCAUCAUGCCAUGAGUUUUAUUUUGGUAAUAGAGUAUGUACAUUCUUAACCAGGUUUACUGUGCUCAUAAAUUGCAGUGUUUUAGUUACCGAUGUAAAUCUUGUAUCCACCUUUUCCGAUUCGAAACGCUCAGAAUCUUUGUCAAUGGAACUAUUUCAGGUUUUUAUUUGUACAAAAUGUGUGUUGCUUUGUUGUGGUUUAUUUUUAUAUGUUCAAACAAUUAAAUGCAUCCACUGUUUCAUGGCAGUGAAUGAUA